CCGCACACAGAGCCACACGCAGAGACUCACUGUGACUGACUUUGGAUAUUUUGGGGAUUUGAAGAGAAGCUUGGAGCGAGACAAGAGGGGAAAGGGGACGCAAAAACAGAGAUUUAAGUCGGUUUCUUGAGGCGGAAUGGCGGACCGGGACCCGGUGCCGCUUCCUGCGGAGGUGCGGGCCAAACUGGCCGAGCUGGAGCUGGAGUUAUCCGAGGGUGAUAUCACACAGAAGGGCUAUGAGAAGAAGCGAUCCAAGCUGAUUGGAGCCUUCUUCCCACAAACACCAGGAAUGGAUCCAUCCAUGGGGCAGGAAAGGAGAACCCCGGUCACCCCAUCCUCGUCUUCACGGUAUCACCGCCGGCGGUCUUCCGGCUCCAGAGACGAACGUUACAGAUCAGAUGUGCACACAGAGGCAGUGCAGGCAGCCCUGGCCAAGCACAAAGAGAGAAAAAUGGCGGUGCCGAUGCCUUCAAAGCGACGGUCGCUGGUGGUCCAGACCUCAAUGGACGCCUACACACCACCAGACACCUCCUCGGGCUCAGAGGGCGAGGGUCAGGGCGACGGCGAUGAAGAAGAGGGAGGAGAAGGAGAAGAAGAGGACGGAGGAGGCGGCGGCGGAACCUCCUCCAGCCGGGAGGGGAGCAUCAGCAUGGAGCACUGGAUAAGCCGGGCCAUCCACGGCACCUCCUCCACCACCACCACCACCUCCUCCACAGCCUCCUCCUCCUCUUCCUCCACACGCAGCGGGGGGAGCGGGGCGGCAGGUGGCAGGCUUGCUGACGUCCUGGCCCAACACAUCCACAUCUCCGCCCACCACCAACACCUCAGACACCAUCAUCAUCACCACCACCGCAAGACAGAGAACCACUCUGCCCCUCCAGAUGUCACCGGCUACACCAACAACACCGCCAACACCUCUGACGGGAUCCAGGUGGAGAGAGCCCCAGGCGGCGGCACCGCGACCCAGAGACAGACGCCCAAGUACGGCAACGCUGAGCUAAUGGAGACCGGAGACGGUGUUCCAGUCAGCAGUAGAGUUUCAGCCAAAAUCCAGCAACUUGUCAACACCCUGAAGAGACCCAAACGACCGCCGUUAAGAGAGUUCUUUGUGGACGACUUUGAGGAGCUUCUGGAGGUCCAGCAACCAGACCCCAACCAGCCCAAGGCAGAGGGGGCCCAGAUGGUGGCCAUGCGGGGUGAGCAGCUGGGUGUGGUAACCAACUGGCCCCCGUCACUGGAGGCGGCCCUGCAGAGGUGGGGCACCAUCUCUCCGAAGGCCCCCUGUCUCACCACCAGGGACACCAACGGCAAGCCGCUCGAUCUGCUUACCGUCGGAAAACUGUGGUCCAGAAGUGUGAAGGUGGCCUACAACCUGCUACACAAACUGGGAACCAAACAGGAGCCACUCGUUAGACCUGGAGACCGGGUGGCGCUGGUCUUUCCAAACAACGACCCUGCUGCCUUCAUGACGGCUUUUUACGGCUGCUUGUUGGCCGAAGUUGUCCCUGUGCCAAUAGAAGUACCGCUGACAAGGAAGGAUGCCGGCAGUCAGCAGAUUGGGUUUCUCCUGGGAAGCUGUGGAGUGACAGUGGCUCUGACCAGCGACGCCUGCCAUAAAGGGUUACCCAAGAGUCCCACUGGAGAGAUCCCACAGUUCAAAGGCUGGCCCAAGGUGCUGUGGUUCGUCACAGAGUCCAAACACCUCUCCAAACCUCCCCGAGACUGGUUCCCACAUAUCAAGGACGCCAAUCAGGACACUGCCUACAUCGAGUAUAAGACCUGCAAGGACGGCAGCGUCCUCGGUGUGACGGUGAUGAGGAUAGCCAUGCUCACACACUGCCAAGCCCUCACACAGUCCUGCUCGUACACAGAAGCUGAGACCAUAGUGAAUGUAUUAGACUUCAAGAAGGAUGUAGGACUGUGGCACGCCGUCCUGACUAGUGUAAUGAAUAUGAUGCACGUCAUCAGUAUUCCCUACGCCCUCAUGAAGGUCAACCCUCUGUCCUGGAUCCAAAAAGUCUGCCAGUACAAAGCUAAGGUGGCGUGUGUGAAGUCGCGGGACAUGCACUGGGCUCUGGUGGCCCACCGGGAGCAGCGAGACAUCAACCUGGGCUCUCUGCGCAUGCUAGUGGUGGCUGAUGGUUCAAAUCCCUGGUCGAUUUCAUCCUGUGACGCCUUCCUCAACGUCUUCCAGACUAAAGGUUUGAAGCCAGAGGUCAUUUGUCCCUGUGCCAUCCCCGAGGCCUUGACUGUAGCUCUAAGGAGGCCCCUGGAGGAGGGCAACCCUCCUGGUCGCGGCGUGUUGUCCAUGCAGGGUCUGAGUCAUGGCGUGAUCCGGGUCGACUCAGAGGAGAAGCUCUCGGUGCUCACAUUGCAGGAUGUCGGCUCUGUCAUGCCUGGAGGUAUGAUGUGUGUGGUGAAGCCUGAAGGUGUCCCUCAGCUCUGUAAAACUGAUGAGAUCGGAGAGUUGUGCGUUUGCACUGUCGCCACGGGAACCUCGUACUACGGUCUGGCCGGCAUGACGAAGAACACCUUCGAGGUCUUCCCUGUGACCAACAACGGCUCUCCCAUCAGUGAGUUUCCCUUCACGCGGACCGGCCUGCUGGGAUUCAUCGGACCUGCAGGUCUGAUCUUCGUUGCAGGGAAGAUGGACGGUCUGAUGGUUGUCGGGGGCCGUCAGCACAAUGCUGACGACAUUGUCGCCACAGCGCUUGCUGUGGAGCCCAUGAAGUUUGUCUACAGGGGCAGGAUAGCAGUGUUCUCCAUCACGGUGCUCCACGAUGAGAGGAUCGUGGUGGUGGCAGAGCAGCGGCCCGACUCCACAGAGGAAGACAGUUUCCAGUGGAUGAGCCGAGUUCUGCAGGCGAUAGACGGUAUCCAUCAGGUGGGGGUGUAUUGUCUGGCCCUGGUGCCGUCCAACACUCUGCCUAAGACUCCACUGGGUGGCAUCCACCUGUCAGAAACCAAGCAGCUCUUCUUGGAGGGGGCGCUGCACCCCUGCAACGUGCUCAUGUGUCCACACACCUGCGUCACCAACCUGCCUAAACCCCGGCAGAAACAACCAGAAAUCGGUCCUGCGUCUGUGAUGGUGGGCAAUCUGGUGUCAGGGAAGAGGAUUGCUCAGGCCAGCGGCAGGGAUCUGGGGCAGAUCGAAGACAAUGACCAGGCAAGGAAGUUCCUCUUCCUGUCAGAGGUGUUACAGUGGAGAGCUCAGACCACUCCAGACCACGUCCUGUACACACUGCUCAACUGCAGGGGUACGAUAGCCAGCUCAUUGACUUGUGUUCAGCUACAUAAGAGGGCAGAGAAGAUUGCAGGCAUGCUGGCUGAACGGGGCCACCUACAGGACGGAGACCAUGUCGCACUAGUCUACCCUCCAGGUAUUGACCUCAUUGUGGCGUUUUAUGGCUGCCUUUAUGCCGGUUGCGUGCCGAUCACGGUGCGACCACCUCACCCACAGAACAUCGCCACCACGCUGCCCACCGUCAAGAUGAUCGUGGAGGUGAGCCGGUCGGUGUGUGUGAUGACAACACAGCUCAUCUCGAAACUGCUGAGGUCAAAGGAAGCCUCAGCCGCCGUCGAUGUCCGGACCUGGCCCCCCGUCAUGGAUACAGACGAUUUGCCAAAGAAGAAACCUCCUCUGCUGUAUAAACCGUCCAACCCCGACACCCUGGCCUACCUGGACUUCAGCGUCUCCACCACUGGCAUGCUCGCUGGAGUCAAGAUGUCUCACACAGCCACCAGUGCCUUCUGCCGCUCCAUCAAGCUACAGUGUGAGCUUUACCCGUCCAGAGAGGUCGCCAUCUGCCUGGAUCCGUACUGCGGCCUGGGCUUCGUCCUCUGGUGCCUUUGCAGUGUGUACUCAGGUCACCAGUCCAUCCUGAUCCCUCCGUCUGAGCUGGAGGUGAACCCGGCUCUCUGGCUGUCUGCCGUCAGUCAGUACAAAGUCCGUGACACUUUCUGCUCCUACAGCGUCAUGGAGCUCUGCACCAAAGGCCUUGGCCUGCAGACCGAUUCGCUGAAGGCUCGAGGGUUGGACCUAUCUCGGGUGAGGACCUGUGUGGUUGUAGCGGAAGAGCGUCCCAGGACAGCACUGACACAGUCCUUCUCCAAACUCUUCAAGGACCUUGGACUCCACCCUCGAGCUGUCAGCACCUCCUUCGGCUGCCGGGUCAACCUGGCGAUCUGCCUGCAGCCUCACAGGCUGGGAAAGCUUGCCGACCAGGGCACCUCGGGACCCGACCCCACGACUGUGUUUGUUGAUAUGAGAGCGCUACGGCAUGACAGGGUCAGACUAGUAGAGAGGGGGUCACCACACAGCCUGCCUCUGAUGGAGUCUGGGAAGAUCCUGCCGGGGGUCCGAAUCAUCAUCGCCAACCCAGAGACCAAGGGACCAAUGGGAGAGUCACAUCUGGGCGAGAUCUGGGUCCACAGCGGCCACAACGCCAGCGGUUACUUCACUGUCUAUGGAGACGAGGCGCUGCAGUCCGACCAUUUCAACUCCAGACUGAGCUUCGGAGACACACAAACGGUCUGGGCACGAACUGGAUACCUGGGCUUCCUCCGCAGGACCGAACUGACCGACGCCAGUGGAGAGCGUCAUGAUGCCUUGUAUGUGGUGGGCGCUCUGGAGGAAGCCAUGGAGCUAAGAGGGAUGCGCUACCACCCCAUCGACAUCGAGACCUCUGUCAUCAGGACGCACAAGAGCAUCACAGAGUGCGCUGUGUUCACGUGGACCAACCUGCUGGUGGUGGUGGUGGAGCUGGAUGGCUCAGAGCAUGAGGCCCUGGAUCUGGUCCCCCUGGUCACCAACGUGGUCCUGGAGGAGCACUAUCUGAUCGUGGGCGUGGUGGUGGUGGUCGACAUCGGGGUUAUCCCUAUCAACUCCCGUGGCGAGAAACAGCGCAUGCACCUGCGUGAUGGCUUCCUGGCCGACCAGCUGGACCCCAUUUACGUGGCUUACAACAUGUAGCGCCCUGUGGAGGACAAUAUGGAGGUGAAAAAAGCUUCUUUUUUUUUUUUUUAAAGGAAAAUGCAAAGACAGUCUGCUCCUGCGACUGAAAAGAAUGAAACCAGAGUCUGACGCAUGAGAAAGUAAGUAGUCUACCUUUCUCAGGCAGCACUUGCCCUCAGGCUAUGUGCUGCUGCCAACUAGCUCCCAAAAUGAUGUGGUUGUGUUUAGGUGAUUAGCGUCCAGACUGUGGUUUUAAUGUGGUGAAGGUGCACUUAAGCCUGAGAGGAAGUGCAGCCGCUCUCAUCCAGAGCAACAAAGUUCUCCCAUUUGUGCUGACUGUCCCACGAAAAAUGGCAAUCAUGCGUCCCGGAGGCGGAAAAGGACAAUCGUUAACAAAGAUUCUGGAUUUCAAAUUGUGUGUGGCUCACUUUAAUAUUUUCCUGUUAAGUAUUUGCUGAAAGUUGCUUGUUUGUUUGUUUUUUUGUUUUUGUUUGUUUUUUAACAUGUCCUCAAAAAAGUUUAGGCUAUUUUUUGAGAAGGAUAUUUCCACAACAACAACAAAACAAACUGUGGCAAAAAUGAUAUUUUACAAUAUCAACCAAUUACAAAGAGCGUGAUAUGUUUUGAUACGAGGGUGGGGUCAGAGGGGGGGAAUCGCAGCUGUCCUUCAAUGUUACGGCGAGGUACUAAACGUUCAUUUCAUGCUAGCUUGUUUUUUGUUUUUGUGUUACAUUUUUUAUUCAUUAUUUUACGAUCCGUCCGUCGCAUUUCAGCGGGAAAUCAGUGUGCUAAUAGCUAACAGCUGCAGCCUUUAACUCCGUUUAUUUUUACAUACAAACACGCUUCAACUGAAGCAAAACAAUACAUAAAUUCAUAUCAUGUAAGUAUGUACAAAAAGAAACUGAUUUAAUUUAUUUUGUUUCUCUUUUAGAAGUAUAUGACGAGACAUUCAAGAAUGUUUUGCUCUUGAAUAUUUGCUAAUAUAAAAAUAAAACAAAAAAGCAUUGUAUUAUCUUGAGUGAAACACUCUCACGUCAAGCAUAUUAUGGAAUAAUAGAAAUAUAUGAUUAAAGAUUAUAUUAAAAAAUAAAUAAAGGAUUUACACCAGGCAGAAGCACAUUGACAUGCUGUGCUUCGCCAUCUGCAUUUUGGUCUGAUAUGUUUCAAUCAGUCACAUUAGAAGUGAAGCUUUGAGGAGUUUUAUUCCACAUGAAGAGUUCUGAACUGAAACAUCAACGUUUAAUUUAAGUCUGUAAAGGUUUUGACUUUUUUCAGGAGGGAAAAGAUUUAAACUUAUUCCUUAAACUGAUUCAUUGGUGUCCUAAAAUUAAAAAUCAUUUACUCACAUCGCUAAUUAGCGCACUCAACAUUUACAAAAUGGA